CGUGCGCGCGGUGGACGCGUCCAUCAGUCAUCUCCCGUUCGCGCUCAAACCGAGGCCGUGACGUCAUCGCAGCGAGGGUCUCCGUAUCUCAGGUGUAUCCCGGAGCUGUCUGUCUCUCCAGCAGUCUGUCUUCGGCUCAUAUCAGGAAUAACGCGGUGGACCGACCGCGCGUCUCCAGCGACAUGGGAAAGACUCGAGCGCUGAUCCUGCUGUGCGCCGCUGUCGGUUUAUGCCACUGCAGGUCGGUGACGGUGUCCGGGGGCCCCCUGCUCCGGGUCGAGGGCCAGCCGCUGUCCAUUCGCUGUGAUGUAUCGGAGUAUGAGGGCCCGAGGGAGCAGAACUUUGAAUGGACCGUAACACGAGGGACAGAAACCUUAAAUGUGAUCUCGACGUUUGAUGAUCGUUUCACAGACCGCUCUCUUCAGGACCGCAUCCAGAGCGAUUACAUUAGUGUGUCACGACUAGCAGACAACGCCGUUGAACUGAGAAUUCAGGAGGCUCGAGUUAGUGACAGCGCCAUCUACCGCUGCAGUACUCCGAGCACAGACUCGUUCAUUAGUGGAAACUAUGAAGCAGAUGUCCAGCUGCAAGUUGUUCCCAGCAGUCUGAUUGUGGCUCCCGAUGCCCCAGACCCUGUGGUUCGUGAGGGUGGAUCUAUCAGACUCCAGUGCAACGUCUCCCGCAACUUCAGCGAAGGAAUUUACCUGUCUCUUACGUGGUCAUUUAAGAAAGGCUCAUCUCUACUAGUGGACCUGCUGACCUUUGGUCCAGAUUUGGGUGUGACGGUUGGCGAUGAUUACAUGCUGCGCUACACAGAUGGUGGGAUGCGUCUAGAAAUGGGAAACGGCGUCUCGCACAGUCUCGUGCUCUCCGGAGCGACGCCGGCCGAUCAGGGCAUGUAUGUGUGUACGGCCAGAUUGUGGACGAGAGAGCAGGGAAUCUGGAACCGCAUUCAGGAGAAGACAAUGGAGAUGGGAGAAGUGACUGUCAACUCUACAG